AUGGGUCGACUACAUCGAUUGGCAAAGCUACUGCUUUCUACGGCGUUUCUUCUCGUCGCAUGUGUUAUCUGCCAUCUCAUUCUCAUAGCCUCAUGGAAUCAAUCAACGUUUCUACUUGAUCGAAUCUCCAUUGAUUGUGACGCGAUCAACAGCGUAAAUAUCAGCGAACUGGACAAUCCGGCUUUGGCAAAAUGGGCUUCGUGGAAGUACGACCACGUCGACAGAGAAAUGGCAAUUUACGCAACAUCUCCUGGAGAGGCGAGAAAUGUGGUGGAUCGUGAUUCACAUGCCCUUUUCAAUGAGACCAUUCACGGAUUGUCUUCUUGUUUUGACAACAUUCAUGUUGUGACUUCGAAUAGGUCAAUCGGCUGGGGAGGACACGAAAUUUUGACAUCAAUGUAUGACUGUGCUGAAUAUCUAGCAAAACAAGAACAUCCCUGGAAGUACUAUCAGUACUUAUCUGGCUUUGAUGUACCGCUGAAGACGAAUCUGGAGAUGGUUCGAAUCUUCAGGGCUUUAAAUCAGACGGUGAAUGUGGAAGUGGUGGAGCCGCCGCACCAAACCAGGAAUACACGAGGAGAACUGGCGCCACUUCGGAUUUACAAAGCAUCAAUGUCAGCCUUGGUGCCGAGAGCUGGAAUGAAUGCUGUAACAAAGGAACACAGCGCAAUUACCACAGCGGUGAUCAGAUGGCUGAAUGUAUCGCCAAUUGCCUCAGACGAGCUACUUUGGCCGACGAUCUUUGGCAACAUGCGCAGACUUCCGAUACCAGGUGGAUUUGACGCUCGUUUGAUUUUACGGAAAAAAUCGAAAAGGCAGAGCGAAACAAAUUUGAAGCAAAGGAAGUAUCCGAGAAUGAACAUUAACGUGAAAAUAACAAAAUCAAAUGGGAUAAUUGCAGCUACAAGUCGCGAUGUGCCGGUCCGUUAUUGGCUUGGACGUUUUCAAAUUUGGCGGAACGAUAAAGACGAAGAACUCUGUCAUGGAAAAAUGACCCAUAGCUCAUGCGUAUAUGGUGUUGGUGAUGUUCCAAAUUUAUUAAAGAGACCUGAACUUGUUGCUCACAAGCUCUACAUUGACUAUCAACCGGCAGCGUUUUUCUGUUUGUUGAAAGAACACCAGCGACGUUCAAUGGACGCUCACAACAAGUUCAAUGCCUCCGUGUUUUCGAGCAUGCCCUUCGUGGAAUUGGCAAGAGGAGUUGACAUUGAACAUCUUAGUCAUUCAGAGCUUUUGUAU